CUUGGGUACAGAGUUAUAUAGCCUAGUACGACUCGUCUCGUAUCUUUCGUACCGUGGUCAGGCAAAGAUACAUUUCCAGAGUCGUGAAGAUCCUUAAAGAUUGUUCUACCCUUAUGCUGAUUGACUGGAGAUUUUAAAAACCACUGAAGCGCAUGGACUAUAGGAACCGGCUCCCGACAGACCUCGGACCCACCGAAUGAAUCCAUGUGGUAAAUAUUCCAUAUAUUUCCGCAUGGUUUGAACUGAGACAGUCGAUGUAGUGGAUUGCGAUGUAGUGAACUCUUUCAGACUGAAUCAGCUCCGAUUAUAGGCACAGCGCUUAGACAUUUUGAAGGGUUUUGUUUGUGACAGUUUGUGAGUCACGUACUCCAAAAUAGAGACAGAAAUACUUUACAUGCCCAUGAGGAAGAGCUAGCACUCCAAGCAUCUGGAGGGUGCAGGUUUUACAGAAACACCCACUGACAGCAACGGACAACAGGAAGCCAGAGGUCACCAUCACUGGAAGUGCCCACCAUCACCUGGACAACCUGACAUAACUUGUACGUAGAGGUCUAAAACAAUCAGAGUCACAUCAGUGUUCUGAAAUCUACAGAAUCCGGGUGGCAGCUGAGGAAAGAAUAACUCCACUAUGAACCCCCAGGGCGGCCAUUAUUUAAACAAGACAGCUGUGCUAUCCCCUUUGGGUGCUGUCCGUUUGACUGAACUUGCUCUCGGCUGUACCGUGAUCUCUCUAGUGGUUCACGGUGCGGGAUACAGUGCGGUCUAUGGGAUCUUCUGCAUGGCAGCAUGGACCACUUGCUUUGCCCUCUCAGCAGCCAUCUUUGCUCUGGACGUGACGCGUCUCCACUCAUGUCUUCCUGUGUCCUGGGAGAACCUGACUGUGACCCUAGCAGCACUGUCUGCUCUGCUCUAUUUCACGGCUUCCAUCGUGUACCCAGUCUAUUUUGUGCGCAAUGAGUGCCCAUAUAAUGAUUGUGAGGUUAGAAAUUUCCGAAUAGCCGUCACCGUCUGUUCCUGGGCAGCGUUUCUCGCGUACAUCACAGAAGUUUCUCUGUCCCGAGCCAAACCAACUCGAUCGGUCAGCUACAUGUCCACUCCAUCUGGCCUCCUGAAGGUGCUGCAGGCUUACGUCGGCUGCGCCAUUUUCAUCACUCUUGCUAAUGGGAGUGAGUUCUGGCGUCACCCUGCGACCGUGUACUGCGUGGCAGUGUUCGUGUUGUGUUUCGCUGUGACCGUGCUGGUGGUGGCACUGAGUGUGCUCGGACGCACAACCUUCCUGAGUCUGCCUCUCGACCGUUUUGUAGUGCUCUACACCUUUGCAGCAGUGCUGCUGUACGUGAGUGCUGCCGUGACCUGGCCUGUGUUCUGCUUCGACAGGAAGUACGGCACGCCGCUCAGACCUCAGGGCUGUCCCGGGGGGAAGUGCGCAUGGGACAGCCAGCUUGUUGUGACCGUGUUUUGCUUUCUCAACCUGGCGUUUUAUAUCACAGAUCUCUGCUGUUCCCAGAGAGCACGGUUUGUGUCGCGGCAGCCACGUGUUUAAACUCACUCUACAUGCGCUAACUAUUUAUUUCUGGAUUCGAUAAUGUGCCUCAAAUCACAUGCUUAUACUCUAACUAUUCUUCUGUACACACAGCAAUAUGAUUCGAAGGACAGUACUUUUGCAAUGGACACUUCGUGUGAUAGCGAACAAUUUGGUUAAAGAAAUAUUUAAAUAUUUAUAUUUGCAUAAUAUCUGUAAGCUCUUUUUAAAGAGAGAAUCUAGCCA